GCGCAUACGACGGACGCGCCGGCCGGUCCUGGAGCACUCUGGGAGUCGUGGGCGGAGUGCGUGACGUCACCGCGAGGCUCUCAGGGUGUGGGCCUACUGGGUCUCAGAGCACCAGGCGCUUCGGGCCAAACCGCCCCACCGGCACCUGGGAGUCGUAGGCGGGUAAACCCAAAGCCUUCUGGGAGUCGUAGUCCCUUCACCGCUUCCGCGUUUUCCCGGAGCCUGGACUUUCCUGCGCGGGUUCUACCCACGUGAGUGUUCCCUUCCUCUGCGCGCGGAUCCUGGCCCUUUGUCGUACUCCCGUGUAGGAUCUGAGGGUCUCCAUAUUACUCUCCCACGCAUUCCGGUAGGCAUCCCUGGAGAUAUGGCUCUUGUCCGUGAUCCCCCAACGCAUGUCUCUGGCGACCCUCGGGGCUGGAGUGCCUUAAGCAGCUGGUGUCCCUGCUAAUCCGCUUUGGACUCUGCCUGUGUUCGGGCUCCUUCUCGUUUCCACCCCCCAACCUAAGGGCGGUCCCUCCUUUAUCCUGAUUACUACCUAGAGUGAUCAGGGCUGGCGUGGGGGGCGUCCGGCAGCCGUGGGAGCCCAGAGGAGGUGCCAGAACCAGCCCAGGGUUCAGGAAGGACUUCCAGAGGAAAGGACCUCAAAAUUUACCAUGCCCAAACAAAAUGACAGAUUCUCUGGCCUAAACCUACGCCUCUCACAGUAUUUGCCUAGUUUUCCUAUUUCCCCCACCUCCUCUCCACGAAAUGGUCCCACUAUCCUUCCAGUGCUGAAGCCAGAACCCUGAAGUUGUCCGUGCUCUCUGCUUCUCUCACCUACUGCCUCGCUCAACCAAGUCUUGUGUGAGUCGCUCCUAAUCUGUUUCCAGAAGAGAUCCAGAAUCUGACCCCUUCUCUCCACCUCCACUGCCUCUGCUCAGCCCUAGGCCGCAUUAUUGUUCACCUGGAUCAUCGCAGGGGCCUCCUUACUGAUCUCCCCUCGCCACUCUCCACCCCCUGUUCACACGCAGCAGCCAGAGGGAUCUUGUUAAAAUAUAAAUCAGAUACUGUCGCUACACAGCUUAUAACCGUCCAGUGGUUCCCAUCUCCUUCAGGAUAAAAUCCAACCUCCUCACCCUGCCAGCCUUCAAGCCCUGCUCCUCUUCCCUCCUCAGCCAUAACUCACUUUCCAAACAACUGAACCUGAACCUGCCCUUCAGGUCUUUGCAUUUGCUAUUAAGUCUGUCUGGAACGUUCUUCCCACCCCGAUGUAAUACCUGACUCCUCAUCCUUCUGGCCUCGGCUCAGAGGAUAAUUCCUCAUAUUGCUCCUUAUAUUUGUAAGGUAUCUUGGUUAUUUACUUGUCAAUGGUUUGGCUUGGUGAACUUGGUGCCAGCAACCGACCCUGUUUUGAUCAGUGCUGUCCUAGUGCCUUAUGCGUGUUAGGUAGAUGGGAGGCAAUGAAUGGUGUCUGUUGGGUGAAUGAAUAAUGAACGCUUAAGCUGAGAUUUGAAGGUGUCAAGCUUGCGCAAGUGCUGAGAGAGUAGUCCAGGCAAUGGGUGUACUCAGUGCUAUCCAGGCCGCCUCCCUAGAGGCAACGACCCCGCAAGCCGGCAUCCGCAUGUAACCCGCCUCCCCUCUCUCCCUGUCCAGGAGAAGCCAGCUCCUCCCCGCACACCCGGAACCCAGCCCGCGAUGCCCGCUCCUCAGUGCUCCUCCUGCCACGCGGCCCGCGCGGCCCUCCGCCGCCCGCGCUCCGGCCAAGCGCUGUGCGGGCCCUGCUUCUGCACCGCCUUCGAGGCCGAGGUGCUGCACACGGUGCUGGCGGGCCGCCUGCUGCCGCCUGGCGCCGUGGUGGCCGUGGGCGCUUCGGGCGGCAAGGACUCCACGGUGCUGGCGCACGUGCUGCGCGAACUAGCGCCGCGCCUGGGCGUCUCGCUGCGCCUGGUGGCGGUGGACGAGGGCAUCGGCGGCUACCGGGACGCGGCGCUGGCGGCCGUGCGGCGCCAGGCCGCGCGCUGGGACCUCCCGCUCACCGUCGUGGCCUACGCAGACCUCUUCGGGGGCUGGACGAUGGACGCUGUGGCCCGCAGCACGGCCGGCACCGGCCGCAGCCGCGCCUGCUGCACCUUCUGCGGGGUGCUGCGGCGCCGCGCGCUGGAGGAAGGGGCGCGCCUCGUGGGAGCCACGCACAUCGUCACGGGCCACAACGCCGACGACAUGGCCGAGACCGUGCUCAUGAACUUCCUGCGGGGCGACGCGGGGCGGCUGGCCCGGGGCGGGGGCCUGGGCUCGCGGGGCGAGGGGGGCGCCCUGCCACGCUGCCGCCCCCUGCAGCUGGCCUCGCAGAAGGAGGUGGUGCUGUACGCGCACUUCCGCCGCCUCGACUACUUCUCCGAGGAGUGCGUCUACGCGCCCGAGGCCUUCCGCGGCCACGCGCGCGACCUGCUCAAGCUCCUGGAGGCGGCGCGGCCGUCGGCGGCGCUGGACCUGGUGCACUCGGCUGAGCGCCUGGCCCUGGCCCCGGCCGCGCGGCCCCCGCCCCCCGGCGCCUGCUCCCGCUGCGGGGCGCUGGCCAGCCGCGCGCUCUGCCAGGUCUGCGCCCUCCUGGACGGCCUGCAGCGCGGCCGGCCCCGCCUGGCCAUCGGCAAGGGCCGCGGGGGGCGCGACGAGGAGGGGCCGCCAGGGCCGCGGUCCCCGCCGCCCAGCGACCCCGGGUCUGCGCCGGGCCCCGCCGCCGGGGUGUGCGGGGCAGCCUGUAAGGAGCGCAGCGAAUAAACCCCCCUCUGCCCAGGGCUGCGGUGUGAGGUUUAGAGGGGGAUGGACGGGACCAGCCCGAAGCUGAAGCUGGGACCCCUGGGUCUGAGGGAGAAGGGACUGGGACGGGAACUCUUGGAUCUAAAAGAGAAGAGAACUGAACAACUUCCCAUUCCCAACCAGUGGGAAUUAGGGGGCUGCUUACUUAGUACUCUGCCCAGUUCUGGGCAUGCGCAGGAUAGUCCCAGCCUUCUUGAGCACCUACUGCGUGUCAUGUUUGCCUGUAGGGGGAUUUGACUUGACUUGGCAGGUGGUCUCUGGUCAUUUCCAGUAACCAUGAUGCUUAUCUCUGAGGGCUGUGAGUACUACCACGCCACAAGGUCUCAUUUCAUCCAAACCACACACCAUCUCAUUGGCCUGAGGCCCCCCAACUGCCUGAGGUCACCUAGCUGGAGAAGGACGGAACUGGGGGCUCCCACUCAAAUCCGCACCUGGAGCUCAAGAUGGUGGACUUGCUCCCCACCCCCACCUGAAUCUCUCCUGGGGUUUCUGUGUGAUGGGUGAGGAGCAGCUGGGUGGGCCUGGGUCAGUGACCUAACCUCUCUGGUCUUCGAUUUCCUCCUCUGAAAUGGAAUUGCACCCCUCCACCCCCUAUCAAAGCACUGUUGUGAGGAUUAGAAGUGCUCAACAUGUGGUGGUCAACUUCAUGGGUCAUAUUACAUUUUGGCCACCAGGGGGCUCUGGGUUUCAGAUUUGCUACUCGGUGUUUCCCGGAGGGUGUGAGGCGGGGAGGAGCUUCCUGCAUGACCCCUGGGGAGAGAGUUGGCGUUCUCAUUCCCCCUCCAAGUUCUGCUGGCUUGGUCGCUUAUCAGGAAUGUCGUCCCUUUGCCAUCUUCCUUCUCAAAUCCUCCAGGGGACUUCUAGAAGCCUUCCUGACUCUCUCUUCUUACCUGCCAGCUCGGGACAUAGAGCUCUUCCCAAAUCCCAGCUCCUGGGGCCCGCCUUCAUGUGUGGCCACCCACACUCUGGUUCUUGUUCUCCCUAACUGGAGUGAGGUUUGAGGGCAGAUCUCCUGCCCCACCAGAUAACCAGCAUCAUUUAUUCAGUAUGUAUGGAAUCCCUAAUGUGUGCAGGGACAUUUCUAGACAUUGUUGAAAAAACAACAACAAACAAAACCCUCUCGCUCAGGGCUCCUGGCUGGCUUGGUCGGUGGAGCAUGCAGUUCUCAAUAUUGGGGUCGUGAGUUCGAGCCCCACAUUGGGUGUAGAGAUCAC